AAGACAGCAAUGAUGGAAGACGAAUUCGAUCGAAAAAGUUCAGAUCAUAAUAAUGAAGCAAGUAUACUACAAUUAUCUCAAGAGAUGCAGGAACAAAAUUUUGAUAGUAUUCGUUUCGCAUCAUAUAGAACGGCGUGUAAACUUCGAUUUAUUCAAAAAAAAGUUCACCUUCACGACGUAGAUAUUUGGAAUGUGAUUGAAGCAUUCAGGGAAAAUGGCUUAAAUACAUUGGAACCAUCUUACAUGUUGAGUGUAUCAAGAUUGGAAACGUUGUUAUCAUCUGUUUUCCAUGCACUCAAUAAGCGAGUCCCAGUAUCGCAGCAAUGCAAAGUUGAUUCAACAACAGCACUACUUAUGAAUUGGUUAUUAGUUACCUACAUGAGCGGGGAAGCCAAUAAAAUUACAGUUUUAUCAGUAAAAGUUGCGUUGUCAACCCUGUGUGCAGGAAAACUUAUUGAUAAAUUUCGUUAUAUUUACUCCCAAAUAUCGGACAAUAAUGGCCAUAUGAUUCAUUGGAAAUUUUCAGAAUUCUUGAAAGAAAUAUUAUCUCUUCCCGCUGCAGUGUAUGAAACACCAUCUUUUCCAUACUCAGAAGAUUUAAGUAACUCAAUUAUACCAUCAGACUCAAAAGUAACAGUUAACAAUUUUCUCGAUAUAUUCAUGUCAGAUUCAGGGCCACAUUGUUUGAUUUGGUUACCAUUAUAUCAUAGAAUUGCUAAUGUUGAAUCAGUACAUCAUCCUGUAAUGUGUGACGCGUGUUACAAGUCUAAUUUUUCGGGAUUCCGGUACCGUUGUCAGAAAUGUAACUCUUAUCAACUUUGUCAAGACUGUUUUUGGCGGGGUAAAGUAUCUGGAGGACACACUAAUGAUCAUGAAACGAGAGAAUACAGUAGUUUUAAAUCACCUAGCAAGCAAAUUGGGCAUUCUUUAAGAAAAAGCUUCAGAUGCGUACCAGAAAAAGAAAAAAAUUGUAUUCCAAGAUUUCCUGAGCAACCGGAACGAACGUUGGACUUAUCUCAUAUUGUGCCACCAUCUCCAUUGCCAUCUCACAAUGGCUUCCAAGAGUCAGGAUUUAAUACGAGUUUUGAUGCUGGAUCAAUGGAUAGUCGGUCAACCGCAAAAAGUUUUGAUUGUUCAAGAUAUGAUGAUGAGCAUAAGUUAAUCGCCAAAUAUGCUCAUCGAUUAGCCCAGGAAACUAAAACAGUGCAUGGAAAAGCUCCCUUGGACACAAACUCAACUCCUGCAGACGCUUCUCAAACUCAACGUGAACUUAUCAUUCAACUUGAGUUAAAAAAUAAGGAAAUCAUGCUCGAAAUAGCUCGUCUAAGGAAACACCAAGAAAUAGAAACAUCUGGAGUUAAUAACCCAGUCUUGAUGACUGAACUUCGUGCAUUGAGAUCAAGAAAGGAUGAAUUAGAAACACACUUAGCAAGCUUACAAGAUUCUCGUAAACAUCUUAUGAUACAAUUAGAAGAGAUAAUGAGAACUUUAAAGGUACAUGAUGCAAUUGCUAAUGUCACAUCAGAUGCUCAGGCAGUUGCUGACUGGGCGAAAGAUCAUGGUUUAGAGAUAAACUUGAAUAAAACUAGUGUUAUGUUACUAGGUACAAAUAGUAAAUUAAAAAUGAUCCAGCGUGAAACCUUACCACCCAUCAUUGUAAAUAGUGUUGCAUUGCCAUAUGCUGACUCUUCAAAGUGUCUGGGUCUACAUGUCUCAAGUAAUCUAUCUUGGAACUUGCAUGUGUCGAAAACUAACCAACACGGUUCCCCGAACUCAACUCCGAAUAGCUCUCCAAGAAGUGCGAGAUCUCCCCUACUUCCUCAGGGAGGGAUGAUGAAUAGUAGAUCAGCUCCGUCAACUCCCGGAAGUUCGAUUGUUACUCCUCAGCAACAAGAUUCACAAGAAAUAGACUUUUCAUCACCUGGGCAAAGUUUUCAAAAUCAAACGGUUACUUUGAAUCCACAACUGAAUAUACUUGUUGGAGUUCAACAAAGCUCAACACCAGAUAAUUUGGCUUGUGUUGGAGGAGAUGUAAGAUCAGCAUUCAGAACGAAUAGUUUACCAGACAGUGGUUCCAGCAGUGCUAACAACACGUUAAGCAGGUCACUACGGAAUGAUCUCUUAGUUGCUGCGGAUAGUGUCACUAAUGCUAUGUCUACACUUGUACGAGAAUUAAAUUCAGAUUCCAACAUAGCAGAAACCUCAAAUCAAAAUCAUCAUUGUGAUUCACUUAAUGAUUAUGAUCUUGAAAGUAAAGUAAUCGAGAACGACAAUGAUGCAGAAGUGAAUUUCCAGCAUGACGAUCUAUAACAUCUCCGAAAAAAAAAAAUAUGUUUUUUUGCACAUUCUCUUCAAUAAUUAUCCAUACAUGGAACAAUAUUUUACAUCACCAUUGAAUGAAGAAGAAAAUUUACUUGACAUGUAAACGAAGUUACGAAUAAUAAAAAGCUUAAAAUAAA